AUGGACGACCUCAAGCACUACCUCGAGUACAUCCUCACCCCGUCGACGCCCGUCUUCGUCGUGGGCGCGCUGAUUGUGCUGCUGGUCCCCAUCCUCGUCCACUUCUACAUAUCCAGCGCGACGCCCUACACCAACUUGCCCUCGAUCCUACUCAUCGGCCCUCCCGGCGCAGGCAAGACUUCGCUGUUGACGCUGCUCGAGCGCGGCGACAAUGCAGUCCCCACCCACACAUCUCAGAUCACCCAGUCCGUGGAACUGACCGUCUCGACCGACGGCGGCAUCCAGUCCUUCCGUGACGCCGCCAGAGAUGACGCACCCGGCAGCCACAAGAAGUUCAUGUUGGUCGACACCCCAGGCCACGGAAAGCUGCGCGAAUCCGCCAUGGCCAAGAUCAAUGCGAACGACCCCCUGAAGGGCGUCGUGUUUGUGCUCGAUGCCUCCGCGCUGGACGAGAACCUCCAGGCCAUGGCCAACUACCUCUUCGACGUGCUGCUGGCGCUCCAGAAGCGCAUGGGCGUAGGGAAGACGUCCAAGGCCCCCCAUGCCGUCCACCUCCUCCUAGCCGCCAACAAGGCCGACCUGUUCACUGCCCUGCCUGCAUCUUUGGUGAAGAGCAACCUGGAAGCCGAGCUCGGCAGGAUACGGCAGAGCAGGAGCAAGGGCCUCAAAGCCUCUGGUGUGGCUGUUGGCGAGAUGGAUGACGAAGACAACGAAGAUUGGCUGGGAGAGUACGGCGCCGAGAAGUUUGCCUUCAGCCAGAUGCGCGAGUUUGAUGUCGAGGUUGACGUUGUCGGCGGUAGUGUGCUCGAGGGCAAGGUCGACAAGUGGUGGGAUUGGAUCUCAGAACGAGUGUAA